AUGACCUUCUUCGAGCAUUGCGAUCUAGACCAGCGGUUCACUUUGAGCAAGUCCAGCUGGACACCGAGAGGCCAAUAUGCCUUGGUUUUCGACUUUGACCAGCGGCGCGCUAUCAAAUUAUACAUGAACGAGGAUACCAGUGAUGAGGAUGUCGUAUUCAAAAUCAUGGCGAAAUUUGUCGACAGUGGAGCCAUACGAUCGGAUUCGGUCUGGAUCCAGGUCAGCCCUGACGGCAAUGAACUCAUCGAUCAAGGCUCCGAAGUCGAAGAGGAUUAUACCAUGAUUCCGUGCUAUUGGACAAGGGACCAGUUCCCCCCGGCCCUACCCUCAGUCCGCCGUUCCGACCUUGUUGAGCUGGACCGACUCGGACUUCAGGUCGACCGCGUAGCCUACGAUAUCCCCGAAGGUCAUACGAAAGAGGCGACUUUCAAGUAUCUUGUCUACGAAAACAACAUUGGGGCCUUUUGGGAGGAAGUCAACUGCAUCAUUGGCAUGCACGCUCGCGGUACUCACCCGAACAUUGUGUCGUUUGAUCGCCUCGUCACCGAGACAGUCAAGGGUGUUGAGAAGAUCGUUGGUUUUACCACCGACUUCAUACCAGGUGGCACUCUCGACGAUUCCAAGACACGGCUAUUCAAAUUGAAAUACUUGCACCAGCUGAUAGAGGUUAUCGACUUCUUGAAUCUUGAAUUGGGAGUGGUCCACGGCGAUGUCUUGUCAUGGAACCUCCUCAUUGACGAGAGAACUGAUAACAUUUUGCUCUUCGACUUCAACUCAGCGUUUCCUCUUGGCGAGAAGCCAGAAAUCAGCGAUGUUGACCUCGUCGUCGUUGCCAUGUUCGACGUUAUCACACGGAGUCUCGGCGACGUAUUCGACGGUGAGAGCCCGUAUGAGAUAGAUGGAGUCCAACUUCUAGCUGCCGAUCUCUGGGAAAAGGACCCAGAAGUGAAUCUCGACGCCGAUGUCUCCGAGUUUCUCCGGGUCCUCAAGGCAUGGGUCGAACGCCGUAAAGCUGCCGAGGAGGAUCCGGAGACAGAAGAGGUGGCCCGAAACCCUGUUGAAUGGCCGGAAAUUCCCGACCCCCCAUUGGUUGACUGUUCUGGUGUCAUGGAACCGAGAGAGUCUGAGAUGCGGCAGAGGUUGAUUAUGGCUGGCCAACCGUACAUGGCAUGGCAGCGCCCUUCCUCUCAUGACUUGAGUUUACCAGAGAAUAAAGGCAAAGUUCUCCUUGCGACUGGGGAAUUUGUCUAA